GCUCUCCGUCCCCUCUCCGCCCUUUGCUCAGGCUCCUCUCCCGCCAUGUCCCUCACUUAUACCAAGAAGGAGGAGGAGAGCGGUCUUAGCUCAUACUACAACAACAAAACGACCAUAAUCCAGGAAGCACGCGUCUUCAAUGAAUCUCCCAUUAGCCCCCGGAAAUGCAGAGCAUUGCUCACUCGGAUCGUGUAUUUACUUUAUAUCGGAGAGACGUUUGGGACUCAGGAGGCUACGACACUGUUCUUCGGGACUACGAAAUUGUUUCAACAUAAAGACAGUGCGCUCCGGCAGAUGGUCUACCUCGCCAUCAAAGAAUUGGCCUUGACGGCUGAGGACGUCAUUAUGGUGACGAGUAGUAUCAUGAAGGAUAUGCAACCCAACUCGGAGGUCAUAUACAGGCCAAAUGCCAUUCGGGCGUUGUGCCGCAUUAUCGACCCAUCCAUGGUCCAGGGUGUUGAACGUUUCUUCAAAGCCGCCAUUGUGGACCGCACCCCCUCCAUCUCGUCUGCCGCCCUUGUCUCCGCCUACCACCUCUUCCCCGCCGCCAAAGACGUCGUGAAACGAUGGGUGAACGAAGCACAAGAAGCUGCGAACGCCAAAUCCUCGUCUGGGUUCUUUGGUGCAUCGGCGUCCUCUGGUGGAUACCUCGGUUUCGGUGGUGCAUCGACUCAGAACACCGGGUACUCGCCCAUGCCCUCGACGAGUUAUAUCACGCAGUACCAUGCACUUGGUCUCUUGUACCUCAUCCGUCAACAGGACAGGAUGGCGAUCACAAAAAUGAUUCAGCAGCUUGGUGGAGGGAAGACUGGGUCUGGGACGGUGCUGAAGAACCCGAUGGCACUGUGCAUGCUUAUUCGGUACGCUGCAAAGGUAAUGGAAGAGGAUCCAAACGUGCAGAGGCAGAUGCUAGAAAUACUUGAGGGAUGGCUGCGCCACAAAAGUGACAUGGUCAACUACGAGGCCGCCCGUGCUAUCUGUGAGAUGAGGAACGUCACCCCCGCUCAACUGACGAGACCGAUUGCUGUUCUGCAACUCUUCCUCUCCUCCACCAAACCGACGCUCAAAUUCGCCGCAACACGCACACUCGCAUCUCUCGCUCUUGUUCACCCGGCUAGUGUGGCGACCUGCAAUGUCGACUUGGAGAACCUCAUUUCGGACUCGAACAGGAGCGUCGCCACAUAUGCUAUCACGACCCUUCUCAAGACCGGCAAUGAAGCCUCCGUCGAUCGCCUCAUGAAGCAGAUCACCGGUUUCAUGAGCGAAAUCUCAGACGAGUUCAAGGUUAUCAUCGUCGACGCCAUCCGUUCUCUCUGCCUCAAAUUCCCCACCAAACACAUCGCCAUGCUCGGUUUCCUCUCUGGUGUCCUCCGCGAUGAAGGUGGCUACGACUUCAAGCGCGCUGUCGUUGAAGCCAUCUUCGACAUGAUCAAGUUCAUUGGCGAUUGCAAGGAGCAAGCUCUCUCCCAUCUGUGCGAGUUCAUCGAAGAUUGCGAGUUCACGAAAUUGUCGGUUCGCAUUCUUCAUCUCCUGGGAAUCGAGGGGCCCAAGGCGCCACAGCCGGCGAAGUAUAUCAGGUUUAUUUACAAUCGUGUCGUGCUGGAGAACGCGACUGUGCGUGCGGCUGCUGUCGCUAGUUUGGCGAAGUUUGGGAUCAGCGCGGAUGAUGGGAAGUUGCAGAAGAGUGUAGCUGUCCUCCUGAACCGCUGUCUUGAUGACGUUGAUGACGAAGUUCGGGACCGCGCCGCUAUGUACUUGAAGGUAUUGAAGGCUCCUCCAUUGGCCGAGACCUAUGUGAAGGACGACUCUGUAUUUUCCUUGUCUGCCCUCGAGGCAAAGCUGGUGACAUAUGUCAACGAUCCAGAGGCCAGUGAGCAGCCGUUCGACGUCACUUCGAUACCAAAAGUCAGUCGUCAACAAGCGGCUCAGGAUGCGGCCCGUCCAAGCACAUUGGAUACCAUCGGCGCUCCGACAGCCAAGAAAUCCUCGCCGUCCCCUCCGCCACCUACUGCCGAGGAAACCCAGUCCGCCUACCUUCAACAGCUUGCGGAGGUUCCGGAACUGGAGCCGUACGGACCCGUGCUUCACAGCAGUGCGAAGCCGGUACAACUCACGGAGAGCGAGACGGAGUACCAGGUGUCGUGUGUCAAGCACAUAUUCAAGGAGCAUGUCGUCUUCCAGUUCAAUGUAUCGAAUACCCUACCAGACACCGUCCUCGAGCAGGUGUCUGUCAUCAUGCAACCAUCUGCAGAUUCUGGUUUGACAGAAGACUUCAUCAUCCCGCUCCCAUCGCUCGCCGCGACAACUUCACCAGGGAUUGUCUAUGUCUCCUUCACACUCGACUCGCCAGAAUCGUACACUAUGGCUUCCUUCCAAUGUAUUCUUAAGUUCAUCAGCAAGGAGCUUGAUCCCUCAACUGGUGAACCAGAAGAAGAAGGAUACGAGGACGAAUAUCAGCUCGAAGAGGUUGAACUUGCGGCCGGAGGGGACUACAUCAUCCCGAGCUAUGCCAACUUCUCGUCCGAGUGGGAUCGUUUGCGGGGAGGCGCGACCGCGACGGAGACGUUCUCGCUUUCCGCAAUGGACAGUAUCAAAGCCGCGUGUGAUUCUAUCAUCGAGAUUCUCAACAUGGAGCCUCUCGGCGGCUCACAGAAUCCCACAUCGACGUCGGUGCACACAUUGCAGCUCUCCGGGCUCCUCGUGGGCGGAGGGGGUAAGAUUUUGGUCCGGUCGAGGAUGACGUUCACGAGAGGACAGGGCGUCACGUUGGAACUGGGCGUGAGGGCGGAAAAACAGGAGGCGUGCGACCUCGUACUCGCUGCCAUCGGUGGUUGAUUCAGUUUUAUAAGCUUUCGUUGUUGUUGUCGAGGUAGCGCCGUUUUUGUGUAUUGGAUUUUUGUUUCGUUUGACUAUGGUGGACUGUAGCUUACCCGUUCUGUCGACGCACGACGCGGUGUGCGCUUAUUUGGGAGUAACCACAUCUUGG